UUUAAAUAUUUUGAAAAAGUUUCAAAUUCUUGUUUGUGCGUAAAGAAAACUCAGUUAUAAAAUAUAUUUUUGAGUAUCAUUUUCAAAAUUGCGCAUAACAGCGUUUAUUAUUGCAAUAGAUUUUAUUGCAAUUUAAAAUCUUUGGACGUGUCCCUGAGUUAUUCUUUGAUGUGACUUCACUCUUCAACUACUCAAAAUGGCUUUGCGUGCUGCACUUAUCCAAUUCCGGGGGCUUGUCACCUAUGCCAGACCACUAAAUAUCAAACAACAAACAAAUCCUGUGAUCAAUAGUAGUAUUUUUAUUCGGCUAGCCAAAUUUCAUCUGAUGACCAGACCAAACAAACCUCUGUUGACGAAACAGAAUCUUAUGCUGUUUAUCAAAAAAAAAUUUUCGUUAAAAGGAAUAAUUCCUCAACAGCCUAAUUGGAAUUCUCCUUGUAUGUUUAGCGUUGAAGUUAUUGGGAAAUUCUAUGAGGUAAGUGAAUUUUCUUUAUUUCUAUUUAUUCGGAUCCUGCAGUGCGAGUAUUAUUAA